GGAGGAAGCUUAUUUAUGAAAAAGCUAAGCAUUACCACAAGGAAUACAGGCAGAUGUGCAGAAGAGAAGAAAAAGGAGGUUCCUGCUGUGCCAGAAACCCUUAAGAAAAAGCGAAAGAAUUUCGCAGAGCUUAAGAUCAAGCGCCUGAGAAAGAAGUUUGCCCAAAAGAUGCUUCGAAAGGCAAGGAGGAAGCUUAUUUAUGAAAAAGCUAAGCAUUACCACAAGGAAUACAGGCAGAUGUACAGAACCGAAAUUCGAAUGGCUAGGAUGGCACGGAAAGCUGGCAACUUCUAUGUACCCGCGGAACCCAAAUUGGCAUUUGUCAUCAGGAUCAGAGGUAUCAACGGUGUGAGCCCAAAGGUUCGAAAGGUGCUGCAGCUCCUUCGCCUCCGGCAGAUCUUCAAUGGCACCUUUGUGAAGCUCAACAAGGCAUCAAUUAACAUGCUGAGAAUUGUGGAGCCAUACAUUGCAUGGGGGUACCCAAAUCUGAAGUCUGUAAAUGAAUUGAUCUACAAGCGUGGUUAUGGCAAAAUCAACAAAAAGCGAAUUGCCCUGACAGACAACACAUUGAUUGCUCGAUCUCUUGGGAAAUACGGAAUCAUCUGCAUGGAGGAUCUGAUUUAUGAGAUCUAUACUGUUGGAAAACGUUUCAAAGAAGCAAACAACUUCCUGUGGCCCUUUAAAUUGUCUUCUCCACGAGGUGGAAUGAAGAAAAAGACUACCCAUUUUGUAGGAGGUGGAGAUGCUGGCAACAGGGAAGACCAGAUCAACAGGCUUAUUAGAAGGAUGAACUAAGGUAUCUACCAGGAUUAUUUUUGUAACCUGGUCCAUUAAUAAACAAUUGAAACAAAU